AUGGACACCGAAGACGUUGCAGCAAUCCAAGGCUCCUACCGCCACCAUGGUCGGAGACCGCCUCCACAACAAGAUGCUGAGUUGCACCAUCCCGGCCGGAGCCAGAAACCACUGCAGCCACAAAGCAACCAGCAACGGCAUCAGUCGCUGCCACCAGCACCACCAACACAGCAGCCGCAGCCGACGGACCAACUGCCCGGCCCCUCUUUGGCACCUCCCCAACAGCCGAUGGCCACUGAUGAAGACAAUCCGAUGCCACUGGUCCCACCUAUACCGCCAUCACAACCAGUACGCCAGUCAGCCCGCAUCUAA